CCAUGUUCCUCAGGUUGUCUUCCAUCCCGGUAUUAGAUUAUUCUUUAACUUAUAUAAUGAUUACUUAUAUACUGGUUAGAAGAUGUUCUUGAUCCUUUUCUGGUAUUGCGUUUUUAGAGAAGAAAUAUUUUCUCCGUAAUAAAUGUAUAUGUACAUAGCUUGGGGUCUCGCUGUUUUUAUAUUUUAAUUUAUAGUUAUUUAACUUGUACCUUUUUGGAACUGUAUGCAUUGCACUCCCUCCAAUGUACGAAUAAUGGACUUUUCCCGUAGACAUGUGCUUGCUUACUGUCAGCUGAGGCUGCAUUUUGGCUGGGUGCCAGUAAUGCCUGCAAGAAUGGCCAUAUGUGUGGGUCUUGGCGGUGUUACGUUCCCGAAAGACGAUACCACUGCGGUUAUACUGAGUUUUAUGCCAAUAGUAAACAUGAACAUUUCCCGACAGAUCUAGUGAUUUUAUAAAGAUUAUUACUAUAAGUAAAACAGUGAAAUGAAGAAAUAUUUUCUCGUUAAGUAAGCACUACCACGCGGUAAAACUUCACUUGUAAGGAACAUUGCCAGUGAUAUCAUAUAUUACAACCUUCGCGAUUGCGUGAGAAGGAAGGAUGGACAUUACUUUGCAGCAGAUGUGUACAAUAAGUACGAACACAAAAGUAGGCGUUUCCGAGAAACAAAAGGUGAAAUACGACGUUGUGAAGGAAGCAGUGUUUACUUCGGGGUCUCCUAAGAUAUCACUGAUGGAUCGUCGACCUUCCUCCUUACCGUCCAGUCUCUCUGUCUCUGAUAGCAGCGAUCGGGAUAUCUGCCGGAUCUGCCACUGUGAGGGAGAUGUGAACAUGCCACUUAUUGCUCCUUGCCCGUGUUCAGGAAGUCUGAGAUUCGUCCACCAGGAUUGUCUUCAACGGUGGAUUAAAAGUUCCAAUACGCGAUGCUGCGAGCUGUGCAAAUUUGAGUUCAUCAUGGAAACCAAGGUUAAACCCUUUCGUAAGUGGGAAAAGUUGCGAAUCUCUCCAGUAGAACGACGAAAAAUCUUGUGUUCCAUCACUUUUCAUGCCAUCGCCAUUACCUGCGUCGUAUGGUCCCUCUAUGUUCUUUUAGAUCGCACUGCAGAAGAAAUGAAAUCUGGUGCUCUUGAGUGGCCUUUCUGGACCAAGUUACUCGUUGUAGUCAUUGGCUUUACGGGUGGUGUUCUUUUUAUGUAUGUACAGUGUAAAAUGUACGCACAGCUCUUUCAGCGGUGGCGGUCGUACAAUCGCGUCAUUUUGGUUCGAAAUGCUCCCGAAAAGCAGAUAAUUUCUACUGGUUUACUAUCUUUGAAGGGAGAGGAUGUCGAAAGCACAGCAAUGAUAGACGAGGAGCAUUCGAAUGAAGUGUCACCGGUUGAGGAAUUUCACAGCUGUAACAGCGGUAGCAGUAGUGCUUUAACAGUCAAUGAGAGAGAAGUAGAGGAUGUGUGUACCAAUGAUGUAACAAGUAACGUGUCAACAAACGACGAAGAUCCUCUUAUCGUUGCAGUAGUUGCAGAUGGAAAUGAGAGUUGCGAUACGUGGGGGGCUGAAGACAAGGAAAGUGUGUGACUCAAUCAUUUACUUUGUGAAUAACUGAUGCGUGAUAUAAUCAUUCUUUAAUGGAUGUACUUUUACAGCUUUGAAUAUUUUUUGUUUUUGCUGGUUAUAAUCAAACUGUAUAGCUCAAAAUAUGGUGUAUUUCUUCUGACUUAAAAUCGUGAAAACCAGUGAUUUUCAAACUUUUCAGGCUUGCGUACCAUUUUUCGUUUAAACUUUUUUUUUUUUGAAGUACAAAUAAGUUCUAAGUAAAACAAAAACAAAAAAUCUAAGAGCCAAAACUAAUAUUUUAAAGCCUUCCCCAUUAAUGGGAAGGGCGUGAUUGUGGUGAGAUUGUUGUCAAUUUGAAGGGAAGAAAACACUAUGCAGGCGUAAGGCGAGGAUAGAAGUGAGGAGGGUUAGUGUGUUUAUGUACAUGGGAAGUUCAAAUUGGGAUUAUUACAAGUUUUGUAACUUCAGUAUUAUUUUUUAGCGUACCACCUACAUUAUCUCUACGUACCACUAGUAGCACGCAUACCACAGUUUGAGAAUCAUUGAUGUAGACCUUCUAAUUCCGUAUCAUCCAGUACUAUAAUUAACAAGGUAAGUACGUCAGGUAUAUACUUAUAAUUGAAGUUAUGAAGUGACGAGCGUAUUGUAUUUAUUCUGGAGGUGAGGCAGUAAUAAUGUCUAAAGUAUAGCCAAGAAGUAAAUAGAGCGACCAAACAUUUUAUUGUAAUGUGAUAAUUUUCACAUGGAAUGUUAUAUUCAUCUAGGUAUGGCGUUUUUAAUUUAUGUACUAGAAAUUUAGAAUCUUCUAAUCGUCUUCAGUUUACUCUCUGGCUUUCAAUGAGCUACUGAACUAUUCGGUGAUGUCCAUUGCAACUUGUAGAUUAUACUGUUCAUCAAUUUUAAUUCUCUAUUUACCAUUACUAAUCGUAUUUACAUUUUAAUUCUAGUCAAGAUACCUUCGUCUUUCCCAAUUCAACGAUAAUCAUUUUUAAAAAAUCAGUUGUUGAGCAUUUUGGCACAUCAAAAUGAGUAAAUGAUACAAAAAUAAUGUAUCGACAGUCCUCACAAGCUUUUAAAAUUUUAGUUGUCAAGUUUCUUAUAUUUCUUUGUCUGUAUUAAUAUUGCAAUAUUAUUGUUUUAUCGGAAAUUUUUUAAGUUAUAAAAACUGCUUUUAUAUGAAAUAAAUUGAAUAGUUCAGUUGUGCGUAACGCGUCAUAUUUAUUUGUAACUGUACUUCAUUAAUUGAAAUAUACAAGUGUAGGUUAUAAACCAUAUUUUAGGCAUGUAUUAAUAACCAUAAUCGUCAUGUCUUGAAAUUCUUCCGUUAUAUGUAAUCUUUAUUUUGCAGUUGACUAUAAGAACCCGUAAUUUUGUAUUUGAUUUAUUUGUACGUAUUAAGUGGUGAUGGUUUAAAUGUUUAUAUAUAUUUCAGAUAUAAUAGUUUUGUAUUACAAGUCUUUUUUUGUGUGUUAGAUCCGUUUCGAGGAAAAUGAAGUGUUUUUUUAAAAUAAUAUUCAAAAAAUAUAUUUUAGAAGUGCAUCCAAAAUACAUAUGUGUUUGCACUGGACAAAUACAAUAAGUCUUCCCCAUAUGCUAAAUGUAAGACAAGAAUUAAAUAAAACAUAUUUCAAAAGACUAA